GAUUGACAAGCAAUAAACGCCGAGCGCCGGGCUGUGCUGGAGUCGCCGCGAGCCAGAGGCUCCCAGAGGAGCAGGAGAGACAUUUCAGAGCCCUUGCUGACAUCGCCAUGCCAGUUGCCGCCACCAACUCUGAGUCUGCCAUGCAGCAAGUCCUGGACAACCUGGGAUCCCUCCCCAAUGCCACGGGGGCUGCAGAGCUGGACCUGAUCUUCCUUCGAGGCAUUAUGGAAAGUCCCAUAGUCAGAUCCCUGGCCAAGGCCCACGAGCGGCUGGAGGAGACCAAGCUGGAAGCCGUGCGGGACAACAACCUGGAGCUGGUGCAGGAGAUCCUGCGGGACCUGGCGCAGCUGGCUGAGCAGAGCAGCACUGCCGCAGAGCUGGCGCGCAUCCUCCAGGAGCCCCACUUCCAGUCCCUCCUGGAGACUCACGACUCAGUGGCCUCAAAGACCUAUGAGACACCACCCCCUAGCCCUGGCCUGGACCCCACAUUUAGCAACCAACCCGUACCUCCUGACGCUGUGCGCAUGGUGGGCAUCCGCAAGACAGCCGGAGAGCAUCUGGGCGUGACAUUCCGCGUGGAAGGCGGGGAGUUGGUAAUUGCCCGCAUUCUGCAUGGGGGCAUGGUGGCUCAGCAAGGCCUGCUGCACGUGGGUGACAUCAUCAAGGAGGUGAAUGGACAGCCGGUGGGCAGUGACCCCCGGGCGCUGCAGGAGCUUUUGCGCAGUGCCAGCGGCAGCGUCAUCCUCAAGGUCCUUCCCAGUUACCAGGAGCCCCAUCUACCCCGCCAGGUAUUUGUUAAAUGCCACUUCGACUAUGACCCGGCCCGAGACAGCCUCAUCCCCUGCAAGGAAGCAGGUCUGCGCUUCAGUGCUGGAGACUUGCUUCAGAUUGUAAACCAGGAUGAUGCCAACUGGUGGCAGGCAUGCCAUGUGGAAGGGGGCAGUGCUGGGCUCAUCCCCAGCCAGCUGCUGGAGGAGAAGCGGAAGGCAUUUGUAAAGCGGGACCUGGAGCUGACACCAACCUCAGGGACCCUGUGUGGCAGCCUUUCAGGAAAGAAAAAGAAGCGAAUGAUGUAUUUGACUACCAAGAAUGCAGAGUUUGACCGCCACGAGCUGCUCAUUUAUGAAGAGGUGGCCCGUAUGCCCCCGUUCCGCCGGAAAACCCUGGUGCUGAUCGGGGCGCAGGGUGUGGGCCGGCGCAGCCUGAAGAACAAGCUCAUCAUGUGGGAUCCGGACCGCUAUGGCACCACGGUGCCCUACACAUCCCGGAGGCCCAAGGACUCGGAGCGGGAAGGCCAAGGCUAUAGCUUUGUGUCCCGUGGGGAGAUGGAGGCUGAUAUCCGUGCUGGGCGCUACCUGGAACAUGGCGAGUAUGAGGGCAACCUGUAUGGCACACGAAUUGACUCCAUCCGGGGUGUGGUCGCUGCCGGCAAGGUGUGCGUGCUGGAUGUCAACCCCCAGGCUGUGAAGGUGCUGAGGACAGCCGAGUUUGUCCCUUAUGUGGUGUUCAUUGAGGCUCCUGACUUUGAGACCCUGCGGGCCAUGAACAGGGCUGCCCUGGAGAGUGGAGCGUCCACCAAGCAGCUCACGGAGGCGGAUCUGAGACGGACAGUGGAGGAGAGCAGCCGCAUCCAGAGGGGCUACGGGCAUUACUUUGACCUCAGCCUGGUCAAUAGCAACCUGGAGAGGACCUUCCGCGAACUCCAGGCCGCCAUGGAGAAGCUGCGGACCGAGCCCCAGUGGGUGCCUGUCAGCUGGGUGUACUGAGCCUCUUCAUCUGGACCUCGUUCUCCACUGGGUUAUAACUCACAACCUGAAUCCAUCCCCUUCCCUACCUGUGACCCCCAGCCACAAUCUUCAGCCACAUCUCUGGCUUUCCCUGGGUAGCUGCUCCCAGCAGGCCCUAAGCUGGCUUCAGCGCAGAGGUGCGCACUGCCAGGGAGGCGGGUAUUCAUGGGGCACCUCUGUGCUCAGGUGCUGCCCGCUCCCAAGUCCAUUGGCCACCAGAUGUCCCUCUGUAAGGGACAGGCUGUUCCCAGGAGUAUGUCAGAGUCACAGCCCCCCCCCCCAAUAAUGCUUAGUCCAGAUGAGCAAAGCUGUUUGAGGACCCCAUGGUCAGUAGGUACUCAACCCUCUGCCCCUGUCCCCAGCCACCUUUCUCAUCUGGACAGGCCACUCCAACCCCAUUCCCAGGCUCCCACC